AUGCGACAGGUAAUCGAGGACCUCGUAAAUGCUGACUACCUGGUAGCUGCCGACCCGGAUGCGGAGCUUGUAUUAAAUACCGACGCCAAUCAGUACGCGGUAGGAGUGUUAUUGGGUCAGGUCAACGAUCACCCAAGAUCCACGUAA